AUCACGUGCCAAUCCGGAAGAAUGGCAUUGGAAUUGGCGUGAAACAAAUGCACGCUUCUGGAGUACACCGAACAAGGAUAUUUUUUUAUUACGGCGUUGUAUGCUCGUUAAGUGUACGUUAUAUUUGUUGCCGACUAAUUUAGUCGACACUGUUUUUAAGAUGAACGUGCUGCGUUGAACGCGAUUAGAUUAAUCGUGACUGAUUUAAACCACAAGGGAGAAUCUGUUUCACAAAUCUGCUGCACAGGGUCACUGUAGAUUUCAGAAUCUUAUUUGCUGACCAGAUUUUGACAUCUGUCUGCCAUGAGGUUUGCAGUGGCACUGCGUGCUGUUGCUUUGGUACUUCUGUUGGGCUUUACCUGGCUUCUAGCAAAUUCUAUGCUAGGAGGGGAUGGGAACUCCUUUAUGCGGAUGCUAUUUAGUGGUGGACAAGAAGAGCCCACUCCAGAACCACGACCACACAAGUACAAAUGUGGCCUGUCAGCACCGUGUCCCCCCAAACAUCUCGCGUUCCGGCUGAUCUCCGGUGCUGCCAAUGUCAUCGGCCCCAAAAUCUGUCUGGAGGAUAAAAUUCUUGUCAGCAGUGCUAAAAACAAUGUUGGCAGAGGGCUCAAUAUUGCCUUAGUAAAUGGGGUUAAUGGAGAUGCUUUGGAAAUAAAAGCAUUUGAUAUGUGGGCAGGAGACAUUUCAGAGCUGCUGAAGUUUCUUCGGCCUCUCCAUGAAGGAACGCUAGUAUUUGUUGCUUCUUUUGAUGACCCGGCCACCAAGUUAAAUGAUGAGGCUCGACGGCUGUUUAUGGAGCUGGGGAGCACAGCAGCAAAGGAACUGAGCUUCAGGGAUAGCUGGGUGUUUGUUGGAGCCAAAGGAAUAGAAAAUAAAAGCCCAUUUGAACAGCGAAUGAAGAACAGUAAAAGUAGUAAUAAAUAUGAAGGCUGGCCUGAGUCUCUGGAGAUGGAUGGCUGCAUUCCUCUGCGUGCUCCUUUAGAAACUUAAGGCCUCACGGGGGCUUUGAACUGUAGGAACACUUCAAACACAAGGAUCAAGGAGCACUACGUACGAUCACAAUUCAGCUGCCUAAAAAUUGUACUCCUUGGAUGGUCCGAAGUGGAUUUUCCUUCCAGAGCCGUCUGCUUCAAGGUGACGAAAAAAACUGAAAUGAAAAUAUAACUGGCAGUCGUGUGGUCCGGUGGAAUUAGAAUUGUUGUGAUUGACAAAAGAAGAACUGUUUUUUAUGAAGAAAAAAAAAAUACUAGCGCAUUAAAUCUUUUUUUAACUAUUUAUAUAGUAUGUUUAGAAAGUUUCUAUAUAUAGUUUAAAAUGUGUGAAGUUCAUACUGUAUAAAAUCUAUGCCUAGUGGUUGUUCUGAAGGAUGGCAUUUAUAUUAAUUUACAUUCAAAGACAGAUUAUUAUAUACACAUUAAAGAAUGUCCAGAGAGUCCAUUAAGAAUUGUCACCUAUUUCUAAUCCAUGCUUGUAAUAAGAUCAGUGUCAUGAGACUCGAUCUCAAUUAAGUUGCACCACUCUUCUUUCAUGUGUAGUUUUUGUUCUUUGUAAAAUGAUGCACUAAUGAAAUGCACUGUAUAGACAACCUUUGAUAGAAAUCAACCAAACAUCGAGGUUAUUCGUGUAGUUUUAUUUAGGACAGCCUUUUUUGGCAGGAUUACGUUUAUCUUAUCUCAUAAUAAACUCUCACAGAUCUUUAUCCCCUUGUGUGUGACCAGCAUAUUGGUUGGCUGUGUGAAAUGGCCUAUUUUUCCAGCCACCGAAACGCAGUGUGGUUUUGGCGAAUGAUGUAGUUUGUUCCAAAGGAAGUGACUUGUUCACGUGCACACAGUAAAGCUAUUUACAGAAGCUCGUGAUCACGUGUGUUGUCAGCGAAUUAAAACCACCCAAACAAGAGCCA